AUGCUCUCACGUGUUGCUGCUGUGAAGGCACCCAACAAACACAACCGUCGCGGCGUGACCGGAUCCAGCGGAAGGAGGGGGGAAGGAGGAGAGGGUGAGCCGCAGAGGCCCAACAUGUCCCGGCGUGUGUUUACUUCCGUGGUGCUGCUCCUCCUUUUCGUGAUGAUGUGCGGCAGUGGAGCUUCGACCGCUGAGCAGGCAGGGGCCACUGUUGAUUCGUUUAAGGGGACGACGUCGAUAUCAUUUGCUAAUUGGAGGGGGUUUAAGGAGGCCGGAAGCAAAAUCACCUCGCUCCGUGUUCCUGGCCUCGUUAAAGUGGGUGAAGAUGUAUUUGCCGUUGCUGAAGCGCAGUGCGGGGAGGAGAACGGAGCCGGCAGCUGUGCUGGGAUUGUGUCAAGGCACCUGGAUAUAAGUGGUGGCUCAUUGGAUAUUUCGACGUCGGAUAUAAGUUUGUUUUGCAUGCAGCUUGUGGACACCGCCGCGAAUAAUUUUGGGACAACAGAAUUGUUGCGGCCAACGACGCUUGUAAUUGGGGACAGUGUCUAUAUGCUCCUGGGAAACUACAGCCAUACAAAGCCGCAGGUUGAAGUUAAGAAUGAGCGGGGUCUUUUACUCGUGAGGGGAACGGUCACCGAUGAGGGUGGAAUGAAGAAAAUCAGAUGGAAUGAGACACAUGCAGUGAGGCCUGAACCCAAAGGAGAUUCUUAUUCCUUGACCGAGUUAAUUGGCGGUGGAGGAUCGGGCGCUGUGAUGCGUGACGGCGCGCUUGUGUUUCCCAUGCAGGCCAAAGGCAACGAUGGAAGGAGCGUUUUACUGUCUAUGAGUUUUACCCCGUCAAAGAACAAAUGGGAAUUUUCAUCCGAAGCGACUGGUAACGGCUGCAGGGAUCCAACCCUUGUGAAGUGGGAAGACCAAUACGACGAAAGACCCUUCAUGAUGGCUCAUUGUGCUGGAGGCUACUAUGACGUUUACAGGUCCACUCCGGAAGGAGUCAGUUGGUAUAAGUUGGGUGAGCCAAUUAACCGCGUGUGGGGCAACUCGCGUGGUCGAACAGGGGACGGCGUCAAGAGUGGAUUUACCACCGCAACCAUUGAGGAAAAGGAGGUGAUGCUCGUCACCGCGCCGGUGUAUGCCGCAAAGGAAAAUGGAAGUGAAGAGGGUCGGCUUCAUCUUUGGGUGACGGACAAUGCACGUGUGUAUGAUGUUGGGCCGGUAUCCCGUGAAAAUGAUGACGCAGCCGCCAGCUCGCUGUUGAUGAAAGAUAAUAAUGAGGAGUUGAUUUCACUGUACGAGAACAAGAAGAGCGACGGAUCAUACAGUCUUGUUGCUGUGCGUCUGACCGAGAAACUGGAGCGGGUAAAGGAAGUGGUGAAUACAUGGAAGGAUUUGGACAGCGCCUUGCAAUCAUGCAGUUCCGGUUCCAGUGUCACUGUUGACACGCGCAAAAAGGGUAUGUGCAAUGGUCCUGUUCCCACUGAGAGGCUUGUUGGCUUUUUGUCCGGUAACUUCUCUGAAAACACAUGGAGGGACGAGUACCUCAGCGUGAAUGCAACAGUGACGAAUGGAGAGAGAAGGGUUCCCAAUGGAUUGACGUUCAAAGGGUCCAGAGCAGGGGCGGUGUGGCCUGUUGGCGACAUGGGGCAGACUGUGCCGUACUACUUUGCGAACAACAAGUUCACUCUUGUGGCGACGGUUUCCAUCCACGAGGUGCCGCAGGAGGACAGCAGCCCCAUUCCUUUGAUUGGCGUGAGGAUGAAUGACACCAGCAGCACAGUGCUCUUUGGUCUGUCGUACACCCAUGAAAAGAUGUGGUUGGCCAUACCGGGGAAUCGUGCUACUUCGAAGCGUGUUGAUGAUAUUGUUAAAUGGGAGCCAAACAAGACGUAUCAGGUGGUACUGCGAAUGGAUUCUGAUGAAUGGACUGUCAUUGUAGAUAAAAAGGAAAUCCACAACGCGGAAUAUGAUAAGAAUCUGUUCGACUCGCACAGGAUUUCACACUUCUACAUCGGUGGGGACAGUAAGGACGAAAGUGCAACGGGCGGCCACUUGACGGUGACCAACGUCAUGCUGUACAACGAGAAACUGUGGGGAAAUGAUCUGGAUGAACUCAAAGCCAGCAAAGUCACUAUUCCAUCACUGGGUGUUGAGAAACAGCCCACAGGACAGGUGACCGGCACAGGCCUCUCGGUUGCUCCAGAGUCAAGGAGUGAAGAAACCACUCUGCCUUUGGUUGAAAAUGGAGACAGUGAGGACGUUGGCACCGCACCGGUGAAUGCAAGCACCACGCCUGGGGAAACCAAGAUCCCAUCGGAGUCCAACGCAACAACCCCCUCGGACACUGGCAUUUUGCUUGAGAAGGGGCAUUUGGGCGAUUUGGCGGCCAUGUCUCUAAUUGGUGACAGCACCGUGCAUGGGUGUGUGUCUCGGGUGUUGUUGCUGCUGCUUCUGGGGCUGUGGGGCACUGCGGCUCUUUGUUGA